UGUUGGAGCAGUGACCCUGCAGAAGGGUGGAGUUUUCUUCUGAAGGUCCAGUGGUGGUGUAGAUGGGCCUGGUCUUCCUCUGGGAAUGCAGCGGGAAAGAAGGCUGCUCCUCUGGGAAUCCAGUGGGAAAACAUUGCCUGUGGGGUUCCAUCCAGGUAGGAAUGCUUGGUUCCUUCCCCUGGGCAGAGCCUCUCCCAAUGGGAUGAUGUAAUUUGAUCACUGCUGCAGUGAGACUCGAUGGCCCAUUAACAGCAGCUAACUGCCCACUUGGACAGCGAUAGCACACACAGCCCUGCUCACAUCUCGCACUGCAACCUAAGCCACCACCAUAUUUAAUAACCCCUCCUCAUCUGCACGGGCUCAUCACUCCACCUUAUUCCUAACACUGCAACCGGACUGCACGGAGAGGCUGCGGAGGCUCCCUCACCGGGGGCAUUCCGGAACCAUCCAGGUGCCAUGCUGUGUGCUCUGGGAUGACGCCGCUUGAGCAGAGGGGUAGGACGAUGGCCAUUCCGUGACUCACCCUGCCAAGCUGCACCCCUGCCAGCCCAGCCCUGUGCUGCCCAGCGGGGACGCGGAGCUCCGUGCGGGGGAGCCCAGCGAGCCAAUGUGGCCGGAGCGCGGGGUGGGGAGCAUAGGAAGAGCUCCCGCCGCACUUCCAGCGGCUGGCGAUGCCGGAGGGCGAGCCCGAGGAGCGCCCGGUGCUCCCGCGGGCUGAGGGGAGCGGCACUGACCGCCCGGCCGGGUCUCGGCCCCGGGCGGGAGCGCUGGGCUGUGCCGGGAAGAGCCGGCGGGGCCGGGGCGAGGCGAGGGCCCGGCAGAGCAGGCCCGGGGCUCGGGGGAGGGCGAAGCGGCCCCGCGGGAGGGGAUUAAAGCGUGGCAGGAAACACGAGAUGGAGCCAACAAUGGAGUCCAUAUUUUCCAUUUUCCAGAGCCCCGGGAGGAGUGAUGCAGCAGGAUAUCCAGGGGACUGCGUUUUGGGGGACAGUGAGGAGGAGAAAGGCUUUCCUGAAAACCUAAAGCAAGAGGAGCUGCCUCAGGUACUUGAAGCCCAGAGCCCAGAGAGGGGCACAGCCUGUGAUUUUUCCCCUCAUAAAGAGACUGACUCCAGGAAAGUCAUCCUUGGCACUGAUGGCCAGAAACUGCACUGUGAAGAGAAACCCUUCAAGUGUCCAGAAUGUGGGAAGGGCUUCAAGGGGCACUGCAGGCUUCUGACCCACCUGCAAAUCCACACAAGAGAAAAGGUGUUUGUGUGUGCAGAAUGUGGGAAGAGCUUCAGCAGGAAGGCCAACCUGGUGGCUCACCAGAGAGUCCACACAGGGGAGAGGCCUUACAAGUGCAAGGAGUGUGAGAAAACCUUCAGCCGUGCCUCAAGCCUCCUUGCUCACCACAAAACCCAUCUGAAAAAGAAAAUAUUUUCCUGCACCAUAUGCAGAAAGAACUUCAGUGGGAACACAGCUCUGCUGCAGCAUCAGAGAGUCCAUGCAGAUGAGAAGUCCUGUAGGCAUUCAGAGCAUGGAAAUAGCUUCAGUGUAAGCUCAAACUUCAUCAGACACCAACAUCUGAGAGAGAGACCCAGUGAACACACAGCAGAUGCAAAUCAACCUGAAUUUACAUCUCUGCAUCAGAAAGAGCAAAGGUGUGAUGCAGAGGAAAGUGAGAUGGAUCACUGGAAUCUUGUUUCUGAAGAGUUGAAGAAAAUGAGGGAAAACAUGGAUAUGCUUCUCCUGAAUCAGCGAAGUCAGCUGCAGGUGCUUCAGGAAAUUCAGAAGCAACUGAAUACACUGCUCCCAGGCAAUGCUCUCCUGAAUUCCAAUGUUUAUAGCUUAGGACUCCUGCUAGGACAGCAGGCGGCUGCUGCAGCGUCCAUUUCUUGCCCCCUUUUUAAUCCCAGCAGUCUCCUCUCCUGUGAAGGUGCCAGUGCCUUAUCCCUUUCAUCUGCCUCUGGAGCUCUGCCUGCACCUCAGCUCCCCAUCUCUCGAGAUCCUGUGGCUUCUGCAGCUUGCUCAGCAUUGUGCUGUGAACGUGUCCAGUGUAAACAUCUGUGACUCUUCUGGACCAUUCUGUCACUUGGGGCAGGUGACCUCUGGGCUGUGCUGUUGCAGUUGUUGUACCUGUGAAGGUGCUGACUGUACACUCAGAUGCAUUAACAAGCAGCAGUUGAUCAAAUCCCUGCCCUG